UAUACUUAACAAGAGUCAUCAAAAUAACUAUUAUUUAUCAAAGGGAAAUCAUGUCUCUGAGCUUUUGGAUCAAGCUGAAGAUUCUGUGGGUGAUUACUGAUGUUCAGAAGAUCUACUACCCAGUCUUAGCCACGUUUGGUGUCCCAGUUAACAUGAUUGCAAUAAUGAUCCUGGUUCGGGGAAAGUGUGGCCUUUCCAAAUGUGUCACUUAUUACCUGGUGGCCAUGGCAGCAGCGGAUCUCUUGGUUAUUAUCUUCGAUCUGAUACUACGACAAAUUCCUAUCACAUAUCGGGACGAGUUUCUUUUCCUGCUUUAUAUUCACUUGUGCAACAUCCAUGCUGUUAUACUUUAUGCUGCCACAGACUGUUCUGUCUGGUUCACCGUCAUGUUCACCUUUGAUCGCUUUGUGGCCAUAUGCUGCCAAAAGCUGAGAAAUAAACAUUGCACCAAGAAAACAGCGUGUGCGAUUUUAGGAACAGUGACUGUGAUGAGUUGCUUGAAGAACAUUUUCUGGUAUUUCAUGUAUUACAACAAAUACUGGCUUUCUAAUAGCCCAUGGUUUUGUCGAGUACCUCCAAAUGUAAGUUCUUCAAUUGUCUGGACUAUUGUUGAAUUAAUGCACUAUAUAAUAACACCAUUUGUUCCAUUUAUUUUGAUUCUACUGUUAAACGCAUUGACAGUCAGAAACAUUAUAUCAGCCAACAGAGCUCGGAGGAGAGUCCUGGGUCAUACGCCUGGGGCCAGUGCCAGUGACGCAGAGAUGUUGAGUCGGAGGAAAUCCAUGAUUAUGUUAUUCAUCAUAUCUGGCAAUUUCAUCGUGCUGUGGGUGGUAUUCAUUGCUGAUUCCAUAUUGAAACGAUUUGAUUACUUGGGAUAUCCAGUUCCUCUGCCAACAUUCGUAAGGGAGAUUGGCUUCAUGCUCCAGCUGCUGAGUUGCUGCACCAACACCUUUAUUUAUGCAGUUACCCAGAGGAAAUUCAGAGAAGAAUUGAAGAAUGGAAUAAUGUUUCCCAUCACGAAGGUAGUCCAGAUAAUUUGA